CCGGCAGCCAUGCGGGCCCUGCGGCCGGAGCUCGCCUCCCUGCUCCUGCUGGGCAUGGCCCUAGCGCAGCGCCAAGUGACGGUGCAGGAGGGUCCCCUCUACCGCACGGAGGGCUCCCACGUCACGCUGUGGUGCCGGGUGAGCGGCUACCAGGGCCCGGCGGAGCAGAACUUCCAGUGGUCCAUCUACCUGCCGUCGGCGCCCGAGCGCGAGGUGCAGAUCGUGAGCACGGCCGACCCCUCCUUCCCCUACGCCAUCUACACGCAGCGCGUGCGCAGCCGGGAGAUCUACGUGGAGCGGCUGCAGGGCGACGCGGCCCGGCUGCACAUCGCCGAGCUGCAGGAGCGCGACGCCGGCGAGUACGAGUGCCACACGCCCACCACCGACGAGAGGUACUUCGGGAGCUACAGCGCCAAGAUGACCCUCGUGGUCAUCCCCGACUCGCUGCGCGUGACGGCCGUGCCGCAGACGCUCAACAAGGUGGAGCGCGACUCGCUGGAGCUCAAGUGCGAGGUGUCCAAGAGCACGGCCCAGCACAGCCACGUCUCCAUCGGCUGGUUCCGGCAGCGAGGCGCCGAGGCGCCCGUGGAAGUGAUCUCGCUCAGCCGYGACUUCGUCCUGCGCGCCGGGAGCCUCUACGCCCAGCGGCAGGCCACGGGGGACAUCCGCCUGGACAAGGUGGGAGAUACCACCUCCAAGCUCACCAUCUACAACCUCCACCCGUCAGAUCAAGGGGAAUUUUACUGCGAGGCUGCUGAGUGGAUCCAGGACCCGGACAAGUCGUGGUACGCCAUGACCCGCAAGCGCUCUCAGGGCACCAUCGUCAACGUCCAAGCCACCGACAAGGAGUUCAGCGUUCGGCUGGAGACGGAGAAGCGGAUCUACACCGUGGGCGAGCCGGUGGAGUUCCGGUGCAUCCUGGAGGCCCAGAGCAUCCCCGACCGCUACUUCUCCAUCUCGUGGGCCUUCAACAGCUCCCUCAUCGCCAGCCUGGGGCCCAACGCCGUGCCRGUGCUCAACAACGAGUUUGCCCAGCGCGAGGCCCUGGGCCAGCUCAAGGUGGCCAAGGAGAGCGACAACGUUUUUGUGCUGAAAAUCUACCGUCUUCGCCUGGAGGACAGCGGCAAGUACAACUGCCGGGUGACCGAGCGGGAGAAGACGGUGACGGGYGACUUCAUCGACAAGGAGAGCAAGCGGCCGAAGAACAUCCCCAUCACGGUGCUGCCACUCAAGACCAGCAUCUUGUUGGAGGUAACCAACAAUGCCAGCAGUGUCCUGGAGGGCGAGAGCCUGCGCCUCGGCUGCAACGUGCGCUCCAGCUUCGGGCCGCAGAGCCGCCUCUCGGUCGCCUGGCAGCUGGUGGACAGGCAGAACCGGCGCAGCGAGAUCGCGCGGCUGGAUCGGGACGGCAGCCGCCACGCGGGGCCGGCCUACGCCGAGCGCAGCAGCUACGGCGGCGUCCAGCUGGAGCAGGUGCGGCCCGGGGCCUUCACCCUGGAGAUCUUCAACAGCCUCAAGGCCGACGAGGGCCACUACGAGUGCCGGGUGGCCGAGUGGACGCGGACGYUGGAUGGGGAGUGGCAGAUGGUGGGGGAGCGGCACGCUGGCACCACGGUGUCUGUCACUGCUCUGGAGGCCGGCUUCGCCGUCACCGCCAUCUCCCGCACGCCCGGCGUCACCUACAACGAGUCGUUCGACCUGCAGUGCAUCAUCAAGCCGCACUACCCGUCGUGGGUGCCGGUGUCGGUGACGUGGCGCUUCCAGCCGGCGGGCAGCAGCGAGUUCCACGACCUGGUGACCUUCACGCGCGACGGCGGCGUGCAGUGGGGCGAGCGCUACGGCGGCUUCCGCACGCGCACCGCCAUCGAGAAGGCCGAGGCGAGCAACAACGUGCGCCUCAGCAUCAGCCGCGCGAGCGACACCGAGGCCGGCAAGUACCAGUGCGUGGCCGAGCUCUGGCGCAAGAACUACAACAGCAGCUGGACGCGCCUGGCGGACAGGACCUCCAACCUGCUGGAAAUCAGGGUGCUGCGGCCAGUGACCAAGCUGCAGGUGAGCAAGUCCAAGAGGAGCAUCACUCUGGUGGAGAACAGGCCCAUCCCCCUCAACUGCUCAGUGAAAUCCCAGACCAGCCCCGACUCGCACUUUGCCGUGCUGUGGUACGUCCACAAGCCCUCCGACGCUGACGGCAAGCUCAUCCUGAAGACCACGCACAGCUCGGCCUUCGAGUACGGCACGUACGCCGAAGAAGAGGGGCUGCGGGGCCGGCUGCAGUUCGAGCGGGCAGCGUCCGGGGGGCUCUUCAGCCUCACGGUGCAGCGGGCCGAGGUCCGYGACAGCGGCAGCUACUACUGCCACGUGGAGGAGUGGCUGCUCAGCCCCAACCAYGCCUGGUACAAGCUGGCGGAGGAGGUGUCCGGCCGCACCGAGGUCACGGUCAAGCAGCCAGAUAAUCGCCUGCAGGUGAAUCAAACCCACAAGAACAUGACCAUCCUGGAGAACCAGUGGGUGACGCUGGAAUGCCUGGUCAGCAGCCGGAGCAGCCCCUCGUCCCAGCUCUCCGUGGAGUGGUACGUCUGGCGGCCGGGACACCCGGAGAAGGAGCCCGUGGCCCAGCUGAGCCGGCAGAGCCUCCUGCGCUACGGGGAGGUGGCGUCCUUGGGCGACCUAAGGAACCGGCUGCACCUGGAGAGCCCAUCCCCAGGCCUCUACCUCCUCACCAUCCAGAACGCUACCGUGCGGGACAGCGGCGCCUACGACUGCCGCGUGGAGGAGUGGCUGCUGGACCCCAGCGACCGCUGGUACAAGCGGGCAGAGGACCUCUCUGGCAUCAUCACCCUCACCGUGAAGCAGCCAGACCCCACCUUGCAGGUGGACACCGCCACCUCCAACCUGACGGUGCAGGAGAAGGAGUCCUUCCCGCUGGACUGCAGCAUCCUGUCCCGCUCCAGCCAGGAGUCCCACUUUGCAGUGGCCUGGUACAACCUGCGGCCCAAGGAGGGAGGCGGCCCCUCGGAGGAGGAGGAGGAGAGGGAGGCUGUGCUGAGCGUGGGCCCGGACGCCGUGUUCAGCCAGGAGGGCAGCCCCUGGGAGGGCCGGCUGCGCUUCCAGAGGCUCUCCGCGCUGCUCUUCCGCCUGACGGUGCUGCAGGCUGGAGUCKCCGACAGCGGCAACUACUCGUGCCGCGUGGAGGAGUGGCUGGCGGACCCCAACGGCGUGUGGUACCGGCUGGCCGAGGAGGAGUCGGGCGCAGUCGCUGUUCACGUGCAGGACACAGGCUCUACCCUUCAGUCAGUCAUCUGCUCCAACGAUGCCCUCUUCUACUUUGUAUUCUUCUACCCCUUUCCCAUCUUUGGCAUCUUGAUCAUCACCAUCCUCCUGGUGCGGUUCAAGAGUCGGAACUCCAGCAAAAACUCAGAGGGCAAGAAUGGGGUCCCCUUGCUGUGGAUCAAGGAGCCUCACCUCAACUACUCUCCUACCUGCCUAGAGCCACCAGUCCUCAGCAUCCACCCAGGAACUAUAGACUAAAAGGCCAAGGAGCCCAAGUGGAUGCACAGAGAGGGAGAGAGAGAAACAGAGACAGACCGGGAACCCUAAGGAACGGGGUGGUUUUGGUUGUUCUUGUUUCAUUUGUUUCAGUGUCUGUGCUCCAGUGCGGUGACUGGGAUCUGCAGAGCACCCAGUUGAUGGGCCUGGGAAGUUGGAGGCUUCUUCAGACAUCUCUGGAAACACAACCAGUCACAAGGACGGACAAAGGGUCUGUGUCCUUGCUGUACAUAGCAGAUAAUCUUCACAUAUUAAUUUUGCUCCCAUCAGUUGUCCUUUCAGCCAUGAUUUUUUUCCCACUGUUUUUAUUUUCAAUCACCCAAAGAACUUUAGACUUCCUCUUCUCCCACAAGAGAGGGGUUCCCAGUGCACUUUUGAUCCUGGGACAAUCUCUGUGGAGUAAAUGUGUAUUUUCGAAAACAGACUUCAUGCUUCUUCCUCAGACUCUGUGCCACAUCAACAAGAUCUUUUCCCAAACCAGCAAAGCCAGGAUGACAUCCUGAGGCUAGCUGGGGUGUUGGGAGGUCUAGCUCAAAGACUGGACGUGGCUUCAGCUUCUUCUUGCCUCCACUUUACUGUUCUCUCAAGAGGAAGAAAUUCACCAUUAGGAGUGUUCCCUGGUCUUGGGCAGACUGAAAACUCAACACGCCUGCAGAAAGACAAAAGCAAGUUUGCCUCCCCAAACUGAAGGGAGAGGUGGAAGGGGGAUGCCUCAAAGUCCUGGUAGCAGAGAGGCUCCUGGCAGGCUCUGGCUUAUCAAGAGAGACACUCCUCGCUAGCCUCUGUGCUGCCACCUCUGAAGAGGGGGGUUACCUACAUGCCCUAGUCGUGUGGGGAUGGAUGGCUGGAUCCAGUCUAUAAAAUUUUUUACUUGACCAAAGCAAUGACUCUAGAGAGGGGGAAAGGGAAAGCUCCACGAGUGCAGAGUCACAUCCCUGCAYGGCCUAGCAAAGGAGCCGGGUCACAGUCGUGCCAUGCAGCAGGGAUGUGCAGUCAGCCAUCGGUUGUCCCCAAGUUUCACAGGGGCUUGCAAGGCCUCCCUGCCUGAACUUGAGCUGGUGAAGGAGUCAGCAUCACAUCUGCUCCUUGGAGGCUUCUGUGUCCCCUUGGGCUCAAAGGAAUCUUCCCCUGUGUGUGCGUGCAUGUGCCAUUUUCCAGUCCUGGGGCUUCAGGAGGAGAAACAGCUUGGCCAUAAGCUCCCCCUCCUGGCAACGCCGCCUGCUCUUUGUCCUACACAACUGCGUGACAGAAAAUGCUGUUCUUUCUGUGAAAGAUAUGGCUCUUUGYGAACCAAGCCAGGGCUCUCUCAGCAUGGGGCACCUACGCUCUAGUAGCCAGUCAUGCCAAGUACUCCUGCCGUGUCCUGUGGAGGAACCCGCCUCCUCCCCAAUGCACCCUAGGCGUUAUGUCUGGCGGAAGAAAAUGUUUGCCAAAAAUGGCCUUUUGUUGUCUUCCUUGAUGUCUUCCUGGCAAACCUGGCCAUUUAUUUUUUGCAGCAUGGCUGAAGCCAAGAGRGGCAGAUGGGCAAAACCACAAGAGCCCGCCUGCCUGUGUGAGAGUGGUGCCAUACCUACAACCUCCGUCCCCAUCGGGGCCGUAGGACAGCUCUUUGUGAAGAGGACCUCAGCAGAUGCUCUGUAGCACUAGUAGGUUAAUGCCUGAUGCCUUGAUGUUUCAGAGGUGGUGAAGCCUUGGGUGGAAACCUGAACAUCCUCUCUCCUGGCCAGAGAGGAGCCUGCAUAUCCCUACACGCACGCGGACAGACCCGUUCCCAGUGGCAGGUGAGUCCAUCAGACAUUCCUAUUAAGGCACCUCUGCUCCUCCUCRAGAACGGCGUUUAUUCCUUCUGCUGCUGAGAAAGCUCCGUUUCACCCAUCCUUCUGUGAAGACUCCCUCCUCAAGAGGUAAUUGCUUACUGGCCCCAGCGUAUAUGUGGUAUCACACUGCUAUAUAUACCACACACCCACACACUUGUCUUCCCUUUCUGGAUAAGGAGUCUGCGAAGAGCAGAAUGAAAGGGUAAGUGAAUGGAAAUGAAGAACCAAGGCAAAAAGAACAGCAGCUGCAGCCAGUGGGUAUUGUUUCCUAAACGCAGUAUCUCCUGUACGGACCGCUUCAGGGGAUGAACUGCCAUUCAUUCCCGCUUCCAAGAGAGGGGAGAAGAGACACUUCACCAGGAGCUGUAGGUUCCUGGGAGAGCGCCGCGCUGCAGCUGCCGCAGGCUGCUGCCCUGGCGCCGCGUCCCCGGAGCAGGGCUGGCCGUGGGACCUUUCCCAGGGAGCCCCACGGCGCCGCGGCCGCCGGUGCCUUCUUGCACCGCGCGCGGCCUCCCGGGGAGCGGCCACCGCGAYGGCUGCAGAACCCCCUGCCAGGGACGUUGCUGCGGCGCCCGGCCUCGAACUUCUCUCUGUUUUUAUAAGGCAAACUUCCUAUAACGAGUUUUAACACAGAGCUUUUCAAACCACUCUCUCCGCUGUAACUUUCUGUACCGAACCCAAGAUGAAAGACAGAAACCCUGUCCAUGCAUGAUGUGGAAAAAUGUUUGGGAUUUUUUUUUAAAAAAGACAAACUUUGUACUAUGUUGCACUAAAACAUGUUUUAUACAACACACCUGAGAGCUGUAGUAAACUGUGU